AGCACCCUGCCUACUAAAGCUCAUUAUUCAGGCAAGCCUGGGAGGAUUACUUUCUAAGUUUCUGAAGACAGAAGCAUAGAAAUUACACCAUGGGAAGAAAGUUACUGUACCUUCUGAUUGUGGGGGUCUGUGUAUCCUAUUAUAUUUACACACCUUUACCAGAUAAUUUUGAGGAGCCCUGGAGAUUAAUGUUGAUCAACACAUCAAUGAAAAUUUUUCUACAUUUGGCUUCAUUUGUUGAGUUCCUGGGACUGUACCAUGUUAUGGAUUCAUUCACACUAAUUAUGGCUUUUGUUGAAGUCCCACCAACUUCAGAUGAAAAUGUCACUGUGACUGAGACCAAAUUUGACAAUGUUCCUGUCCGUGUAUAUGUGCCCAAGAGGAAGCUGGAUGCACAGAGAAGGGCUGUGUUUUACAUCCAUGGUGGGGGCUGGUGUAUUGGAAGUCCGGCUUUAGGUAAUUAUGACCUGCUCUCAAGAUGGACGGCAGAGAGGCUUGAUGCUGUGGUCGUGUCAGUCAACUACAGAUUAGCACCUAAAUAUCACUUCCCAGUCCAAUUUGAAGAUGUAUAUAAUGCGUUAAGGUGGUUCUUACGCAAAACUGUUCUUGAAAGUUAUGGCGUAAACCCUGAGAGAAUCUGCGUUUCUGGGGACAGUGCAGGAGGGAAUUUAGCUGCAGCAGUGACUCAGCAGCUCCUAGGUGACCCAGAAGUCAAGACUAAAACCAAGAUCCAGGCCUUAAUUUACCCUGCACUUCAGGCUCUUGAUUUAUAUUCACCGUCCUACCGAGAAAAUGAACAAAUGCCAAUUCUGUCUAAGUCGCUCAUGCUCAGGUACUGGAGUGAAUACUUUUCUACAGACAGGGCACUGGAAAAGGCCAUGUUUUCCAAUCAGCAUGUACCUGAGGAAUACAGUCAUCUCUUCAAGUUUGUUAACUGGAGCUCCUUGCUCCCUGAGAAGUUUAGAAAAGGACAUACUUAUGACAACCCAAUAUAUGGUAGUCCUGAAUUGUCUCAAAAAUAUCCUGGGUUCCUAGAUGUGAGGGCAACACCUCUGUUGGCAGAUGACAGCAAGCUGCGUGGUUUACCCCUCACGUAUGUCCUCACGUGUCAAUAUGAUGUCUUAAGAGAUGAUGGACUCAUGUAUGUCACCAGACUUCAGAAUGCUGGUGUUCAAGUGACCCAUAACCACGUGGAGGAUGGAUUCCAUGGAGCAAUUUCCUUUCCACUACUUAAAAUUUUUCAUAGAUUGACAGAUCAUUAUAUUACUUGGCUAAAGAAAAAUCUAUAGCAAAACAUGUAUUCCUAAAAAUUUUUAAAAUACAUUUACAAAAACAUUAUAAAAUCUGAAUAGAAUGAAAGAGUUGUGUUUCGAAAGGUCUAUUGAUAUUCCAUGUUAGUAAAAUAGUUCUUGCUGCAAAUAUCUUGCCUUUUUGUUACCCAGAAGAAUUGCACCUAACGUCUCUCACUGUAAAUCUGCUAUUUCUGCUAGUAUUCCUUGUAAUUUGUAAAUUUUAGUUUUUGUUAUCUUUUUUCUGAAAUGAUACAUUAUCAUUUCUGCUUGCCGGUAACCAUUAUAAUUUCAGGAAGAGAAAGCUGAGAAAAGAUUCUCCAUCUGUGUAAUAGCAACGUUUCAGUCAAUGCACAGCACUUGAAACACUCCUGGUGAAUGGAGAGGCUGAGCCCCACAUCUUUCCAAAAUGGUUUCCUUACUCCAAGUCCAGUUCAUUCCAUCUCUAAAUUCUGUUUUCCUUCACAGCACUUUUAGAUCCCAAGAACAGGAAUUAUACUAUUCAAUACUUACAAUCCCCAGAAGAAUGAUCUGCCUUGUAUUUUGGGAAUGUAAAGACAUUGUAGCUCAUUACAGUCUAAAGUAGUCUUCAGGAUAGAAAUACUAGAGGCCAAGGAAUAUAGAAGUGGAAUUAACUUAUCUGCAAUAAAACAAAAAUCAGAAAAUGUAAUUUGUGACAAGCCUAUCCUAGCAAUGCAUAGUG